AUGAUCCCCAGAGGUCUCACUUCCGCCUUCGGGACCCCGUCCCUGGAGAUCGGCCAGAUCCUGCUCGGCAAUGCCAGUCGAUACACCAUUCAGAAGAAGAUCCGUGAGGGCGUUUGGAUUGCAACUAACCCCAUGGGUAACAAGUCCAUCGUCAAGGGUGUCCAGGGUAUCUCUGGAGCCCAGAACGAGCACAAUGUCCUCCGCAAGUUCCAGGGCAACCCUUUCCUCCGCCCUGUCAUCGACGAGAUCCAGCAAGAUGCCCCGAUGAUUGUCCUCCAACACAUGGACGACCACCUCUUGAACGCUACCAUCAAGAAGCCUUUGACCAACCGCGAGAUUCGAUUCGUCGCUCGCGCUGUUCUUCGCGGCCUCUCCACCCUCCACAAGGAUGGCUACGUCCACACUGAUAUCAAGCCGGAUAACAUUCUCGUCAACUACGCCUCGGCUUCCGAAGCUGACCCCGACCUUCGCUUCUCUGACGUUCAGAUCGGUGACCUCGGGGCUUCCUACUCGGUUGACUCUGACGUCGCUACCAAGGGUUUCCUCAUCGGUGCCCCCAUCUGGACCAGCCCCGAGGUGCUCAUGGAAGUUCCCUGGGGAACUGCCAGCGAUAUCUGGGCCUUUGGCUCCAUGAUGAUUGCUCUUCUCCACGGCGGCGACUACAACCCCUUCCGCCCUACCAACGCUCGCUACCACGACCGCAGCUACAUCUUUGAGGUCCUUCGCCAGCAGUCCCGCCGAUUCGGUGCCAUCCCCGAGACGUACCUCGAGCGGGCGCGUCCCGGAAAGGCCAUGGCCGCCAAGGCACUGACUGUCGGGCGCAAGGUUGAGCCUCUCGACUUCCGCACUGCCUCUCACUUUAUCAACCGCAUCAUGCGCAUGGACGCCGCCGAGCGCCCUACCGCUGACCAGCUUCUCGAAGAGAUGUCUGGUCUUUUUGAGGACUAG